CCAUUUAUAAUUAUAUUUCGCGCCUAUUGUUAAGCUACAAUUUCAAUUUAUUUACAGCAAUAAUCGAAUAUAAAAGUUUUGUAUUUGUCAAGAUUUACUAAUUAUAAGUAUUGCUUAUGCUUACGGUUGUUAAAUCGGUGUUUUUUAAAUAAUGUUCUCCAUCUGCUAACUUCAAUAUUUUAACUCGCAAAAGUCUGGCAGCCCCUAAUUCAUCGCUUGGUUUUUAUCGAUAUAUUCCCGCCAAUCCCGCUUCAAUACGCUCCAGCCCUGGCCAUAAAAUAAAUGAAACUGAGGCACAACACGGGGAAUUUAAUCAAAAAUAUCUAGUUAAAAUGUCCGAAUCACCUUCUGGUCCCCGCGCCAAGCGUCAGCGAAUAGACAAAAAUGGCAGGUUCGCAGCAAUGGAAAGACUUCGACAACUGAAGGGAACCAAGAACAAAUGCCAGGUGGAAGACCAGGUUGAUGAUGUAUACGAUGUGGUGGACGAGCGAGAAUAUGCAAAGCGGGCGCAGGAGAAAUACGGCGACGAUUGGAUUGAAGAAGAUGGAACUGGUUAUGCAGAAGAUCUUCGGGAUUUCUUCGAGGAUGAAGAUGAUUACUCUGAUAACGAAGAGAAGGGAAAAGACUCUAAAAAGAAAAAGGGCGUUGCACCCCACGGAAAGAAAAGAGCCCGUGAAGAUGAAAAACCUGUUAAAGGAAAGGCGUCAAUCAAGAAUCUAUUCAGCAAUGCAGUUCCAAAAAAAGUGGACAUCAAAAACAGUGUCAAAGAUGAUGAUAUCCUAGCUGAUAUUCUGGGAGAGAUCAAAGAAGAGCCUGCAAGCACAUCUGAAAAGGUUGAAAAGAUUAUAGCGCCGGCGAAAAUAUCUGUUUCCUCGCGAAAAUCCGAAGCCGCAGCAGCGAAGGAUUACAUGAACAGCUUCCUCAACAAUAUCAAAGUUCAGGAGCAGGAACGAAAGAAAGCGGAGGCUAGUAGUGAUAAUGAAAUGUUGGAGCGCAUCCUUAAACCAAAGGCCACAGUUCCAAACACAAAAGUGGCCUUCUUCUCUACUCCUACGGUUAAGAAGGAACCUGCUCCUGAAAAACCACCUGCCAAAGAAGCAACGGAAGAUCCCUUCUCCGAUAAUGAUAUGGAUUUCAGCUGUCUGGAUGACGACGAAAACCAAUUCGAUGUGGAGAAGGAGCAGCCCAAGAAGACUACCCAAACUAAAACAGCAGCUGAGAAAACAUCCUCAUUAAAAGUCGUCGAAAAAGUAACGCCCAAAAAGGAGCCAGCUGGUUCCCCAAAGGAAAGUGAGCCGGAGGACAUGAGCAAGCUACUGAGCAACUGGGAGUCUAUCUGCCAAAUGGAUGAUGACUUUGAAAAAUCCGUGCUCACUGCGGAACAAGAAUCACCCAUCUCCGCCGAUAAACAGCUUCGCUUUUGGUGUUGGGAAGCCUGGGAGGAUCCAGUUAAGCUGCCCGGCGAGGUCUUUCUCUUUGGAAGAACUGCCGAUGGAGUGUCUGUCUGCGUGCGGGUGCAGAAUAUCAACCGAGUGCUCUAUCUGCUACCACGACAAUUUCUACUGGAUCCCAUUUCGAAAGAGCCUACCAAGCAAAUGGUUACCGUGGCAGAUAUCUACAAGGAGUUUGACAGCGAGGUGGCCAGCGCCCUUAAACUGGACACGUUCCGAUCCCGCAAAGUGACUAAGAGUUUUGCCCACCACGCCAUUGGUAUUGAAGUUCCCCAAUCUUGUGAUUACUUAGAGGUUCACUACGAUGGCAAGAAACCGCUGCCCAAUUUGUCGGCAACCAAGAAAUAUAAUUCCAUAGCGCAUAUUUUUGGGGCCACUACUAACGCCUUGGAACGUUUCCUCCUAGAAAGGAAAAUCAAGGGACCCUGCUGGUUGCAGGUGAGUGGAUUUAAGGUUAGCCCAGUGCCCAUGAGUUGGUGUAAAACGGAGGUAACCGUGUCAGAGCCUAAAAAUGUGGAAUUGGUACAAGAUAAAGGCAAACCAGCGCCACCACCUCCUCUUACUCUACUAGCACUCAAUGUGCGCACCUCAAUGAAUCCCAAAACUUCAAGGAAUGAGAUAUGCAUGAUUUCGAUGCUGACCCACAAUCGAUUCCAUAUCGAUCGUCCUGCUCCGCAGCCCGCUUUCAAUCGACAUAUGUGUGCUUUGACUCGUCCAGCGGUGGUUAGUUGGCCCUUGGACUUGAACUUUGAGAUAGCCAAAUAUAAGUCCACCAAAAUAUACAAACACGAUUCGGAAAGAGCCUUGUUAAGUUGGUUCUUGGCCCAGUACCAACAGAUAGAUGCCGAUCUCAUUGUGACCUUUGAUUCAAUGGAUUGUCAGCUGAAUGUUAUUACCGAUCAAAUUGUGGCCCUGAAGAUUCCCCAAUGGUCCCGAAUAGGGCGUCUUAGAAUGACCCAAUCAUUUGGCAAGCGUUUAUUGGAUCACUUUGUGGGUAGGAUGGUUUGCGAUGUAAAGCGUUCAGCGGAGGAGUGUAUAAGGGCCAGGUCCUAUGAUCUCCAAACCCUGUGUAAACAGGUCCUGAAGCUUAAGGAAUCUGAAAGAAUGGAUGUGAAUGCCGAUGAUCUUCUAGAGAUGUACGAGAAAGGAGAGAGUAUCACCAAGCUCAUAUCCCUCACCAUGCAGGAUAACUCCUAUCUACUAAGGCUGAUGUGUGAACUAAAUAUCAUGCCCUUGGCUUUGCAAAUCACCAAUAUUUGUGGCAAUACGAUGACCAGAACCCUUCAAGGAGGUCGAUCCGAACGGAAUGAGUUCUUACUUCUACAUGCUUUCCAUGAGAAGAACUACAUAGUGCCGGAUAAAAAGCCGAGCACAAAACGGGGAGAUUUAGACGCCACAUUAGCUGGUGCCGAUGCUACUUUGACAGCCAAAAAGAAGGCAGCCUAUGCUGGUGGCUUGGUUCUGGAACCAAUGCGUGGUCUUUACGAAAAGUUUGUCCUCUUAAUGGACUUUAAUUCCCUGUAUCCAAGUAUAAUUCAGGAGUACAACAUAUGCUUCACCACUGUCCAACAGCCCGUAGAUGCGGACGAGUUGCCCACUCUACCAGAUUCCAAAGCAGAUGCUGGAAUAUUGCCUCUCCAGUUGAAGCGUCUUGUGGAGUCGCGAAAGGAGGUGAAGAAGCUAAUGGCAGCACCUGAUCUUUCUCCUGAACUACAGAUGCAGUACCACAUUCGACAGAUGGCGCUGAAGCUAACAGCCAACUCUAUGUAUGGUUGCUUGGGUUUCGCCCAUUCACGAUUCUUCGCCCAGCAUUUGGCUGCUUUGGUUACCCACAAAGGCAGAGAAAUCCUCACGAACACACAGCAGCUCGUGCAAAAGCUGAACUAUGACGUGGUUUAUGGUGACACGGAUUCCAUUAUGAUCAAUACCAAUAUAACAGACUACGACCAGGUCUACAAGAUUGGCCACAGCAUCAAGCAGAAUGUAAAUAAACUGUACAAGCAGCUGGAGUUGGAUAUCGAUGGAGUCUUUAGCUGUUUGCUGCUGCUGAAGAAAAAGAAGUAUGCUGCUGUCAAGUUGAGCAAGGAUUCUAAGGGUAACCUGAAGAGGGAACAGGAGCACAAAGGUCUGGAUAUAGUGCGUCGCGAUUGGUCUCAGCUGGCUGUAAUGGUGGGAAAAGCUGUUCUCGAUGAGGUUCUAUCCGAAAAGCCACUGGAAGAAAAAAUCGCCGCAGUACAUGCCCAACUUGGAAAGAUAAAAGAUCAAAUAGCAGAAGGUGCAGUACCUCUUCCGUUGUUCGUUAUCACCAAGCAGCUUACGCGGGCUCCUCAGGAAUAUCCGAAUAGUGCUUCGUUACCCCAUGUCCAGGUGGCUCUUCGCAUGAAUCGGGAGCGCAACAGGCGGUACAAGAAGGGGGAUAUGGUGGACUAUGUUAUCUGCUUGGAUGGCAGCACAAAUGCUGCCAUGCAGCGAGCCUAUCAUUUGGAUGAGCUCAAGAGCAGCGAGGAUAAAAAGCUUCAGCUGGACACUAUUUACUAUCUGGGACAUCAGAUACAUCCGGUGGUCACGCGCAUGGUGGAGGUGCUAGAAGGAACCGAUGCGAGUCGCAUUGCAGAGUGCCUCGGCAUGGAUCCCACCAAGUUCCGACAGAAUUCUCAGAGAGUCCAACGAGAGGCCACCGAGCAGUCCGAGAGCGAGACCCUCCUCAAAACGACCCUUCAGUUGUACCGCCUUUGCGAACCUUUCCGGUUCCAGUGCGUGGCCUGUAAGACGAAGCAGCUGAUGGCCAGUGCCUUCCGUCCUGGAGCCAGCAACUCUCACAUAGCCGUUCUGCAGCAAUGCUCAAAUUCUGAGUGUCAAACGGCACCUGUUCAAUACCUGGCCAGCGUCCGCAAUCAGCUGCAGCUCUCCAUUCGACGGUAUGUGCAGCGUUUCUACAAAAAUUGGAUGGUCUGCGAUCAUCCGGAUUGUAACUACAACACGCGGACCCACACCUUGAGGAAGGAGUUGCAUCGACCGCGGUGCCCGAAGUGCAAAAACGGCAGCCUGCUGCGUCAGUAUACGGAGCGGGACCUGUACAAUCAACUCUGUUACCUGCGAUUCAUGUUUGACCUUGGCAAGCAACAGCUGCAGCAAAAACCCACCCUAACGCCGGAGCUGGAGCAGGCCUACCAACUCCUUUACGAAACGGUGGAUCAGCAACUGCAGACCUCCGCCUACGUGAUUAUCUCGCUAAGCAAAAUCUUUGGCCGGACCUUGGCUCUGAUGUCUUUGCAACCGCCGAGACCGAGUCCCCACAAUGAUUUAAUAGCUAGCACUUUGGCAGAUGUCGUCUAAGUCUUUAAUUAACUAGCCUUUGUAAGAAUUUCCAUUAAAAAUACUACAAAACAAA